AGGAAUAAGAUGUAUGGUUUUCUCUACCCUUUUCCUAUGAUGACGCUCUGUAUGGCGUCUUUUUAUGAUUUCAUGUUUGCUUGAUUUGUCGUCCCCCGCACCUUGUUGUACGUCACCUCCUCCCUUGUGGGAAGUGUUGAUAAGAAGCAAGCAAAUUUCUUUUGGUCUACCCGCUCGUAUUCCCUGCCUACCUUAAAAAAGCAGAAAAACACAGGGUGAAAUACUUCCAAUUUUCAAGCGCCAAGAUGCAGCCCUCUAGACCAUCGCUUUUGAUUCUUGCUCUUUCACAGCUGGCGCUCCUACCCCUCUUAGUGCUGGGACGGGUUUUACUUCACAGGCACAGCCCUGCUUCCAAGCAGCGUCUCGGCGACCAGGAAGCGCCUCGCUCGAAGUCUAGAGCUCUAUCAAGCUCAGAAAGGAAACACCCAUCCUCGUCACUGUUGCAACACGCGAAAGCACCGGAGCAACCCAAGCCGUUAACGAACAGAAAAAGCGUAUCAGACUAUCAUCGCGUAGUUUCAGCAGCGGAGAGCGGCGGAGGUGCAGCGUUAGCUACAGAUGGGCACUAUUCUGUAGUUGGCGGGGAAAUUUAACCGGGUCCUGCCAGCAGCACCGCCACCACGACCAGAGCCAGCGAUGGAAUAAGCGUAAGCAGGAUUAGGAACAGCGGGAGCAGUCUCAUCGCAGCGAACUCUAGAGAUGCGGCGAAAAAGAACAAGCGAGAAGAUUUCAAAAGCUUUCUCGCACGAGAGCGCACAGCACGGGAGGUGGCGCGGAGUGAGCAGAAUGCAGCAGGAGCAGGAGCAGCUGGACGACUGCAUCUUCAGCCUGAUUUUUUGUCCCCCGCUCCCACUUCUGCAUUGCUGCAGAAAAAGAUCCGUAGCCACGUCGCUGAACCACCUGCAUCCGCACUGCAUCCAGCAAAGACCCAGCUUGCGUUGAAGCGGCAGGUAUCAUCCGCACCAAAUGAUCCUCGCUCUGGUUCUCAAUCGGGACGAGGGGCAGCGCUGUUGCAAAAGAGGAGGCAGGUGGACGAUCUCGAACCGAAGCCUGCGACGGAAUUUCCCGGAGGUACCGAUCCUUGUUUCCUCGGUGGGCCCGACGGUGUGGAGGAGGGCCGGGCACUGCCGCUGGACGAAGUGCUGAUUGAAAAGAGAGUGGAAAAAGACUUCCCCGACCCGGACGCGACCGACGAUUAUAUGGCGUGCGUCGGGGGUUCGGGAGCCGGCACCAACUGGCCGGGCUCGCUGGAGGGGCACUUCAAUCUGCCGGACAACGUGAAGCAGCUGACGAUCCGGUUUGUAAGCGCCGGUUACACAAAAGGUAAUGACAUGGGUCCGGGGAUGACCUGUGGAGUCCCCGCGGCCAAUUGCUACCCGGACAAGUGGGGUAGUCGGGACGGGGCGCUGUCGUUGUGGAUCGUCCAGCCCGGCGAAAACGGCAACGCCAUUGCGCCGGUCCGCGGCGAUGUCAACGCCAUUCGCAAGGACUGGGCGGGGGCAGACCGGCUGGGCGACCGCCAGGGCGACUUCCGCUUCAAACCGGUGGACACGCUCGCAAAUUUGGAAAGCAACGGACCUGGCACUGCGGGGAGCUGGCAGGUUUUCGCCGCGGGUAACAAGGACGCGAACGACCUGCACUUCCGCUUCAAGGAUAAUUUCGUGCCCGAGCGGCUGCGUGUGGUCAACGGCGAAAACCACUUUCUGACGGCCGCCGGCGACAACGGGGGCAAGACUUGCCUGCGCGUUAUCGCCUGCCUACCGGCGACAACAACUACGACUACCACGACGACUACCACUACCACGACGACUACCACAACCACGACCACGACUGUGUUGAUCAUCUAUGCGGUUCCGCCACCGCCGUGGCGCAUGUGGCUGUUUUUGGUCUUCGCCGCGCUGUUCUUGCUGGGUUGUGUGGCGGCGACGGCCGUGGGCGUGCUGGCGGACAAUCAGUGGCGGCGCAGCGAGUACUCCAGCGAGACCACGACGGAAACGAACGUGCAGUAUGAGGAGCAAGAGUAG